GAGGCCCGGCGCUUGGAUGAUGAGAGCUGCGGGGAGGGGGUCAUGAGGCUCCCGAGAGGGUGGCUGGCACACAGCUAUGCUGAUGGAGCCGGACUGCAAACGGCAGAAGACGGAGGAGCCGAGAGGUGCCUCUCCUUGGCAAGUGGUGCCGGUUCUUUCCGAGAGGGAAUCGCAGGGCGUCACGUUAAUGCCAGUCUACGCUGCCCCUGUCCUGGACAAGAAGGAGGCGUCACGUUUGGUGAAGGAGGUCUCCGCAAUCUACCCGCUGGGUGACUACCCGCACUUGAAGCGCGUCCGAGCUCGUGGCUCCGUGGACAGCUCGCACCCGCUGGAGAUGAUCCUGUGCCGGGCGAGCGGCAGACACCAGCAAGGAGCUCUGCGGACACUCUCGGAACUCUUCCCCAGUGGCCAGCUGGACCCGUCGGGCUUGGGGACGCCUUUCCUGACCCAGGUGCCGGUCUACCCGCCCUUGACCAGACGCCAGUAUGAGGAAGCGGCCUCCCACUGGCCGGUCUCCUUCCACGAAAACAAGCGCAUCACCCAGGCCCUGAGCGGGUGCCUGUUCACUCCGUCAGAGAAGACCGCCCUGCAAAGCCACAUGGAGCUGGCCAUCCAAGCGGCACAGCGGGGGGCAAGGCAGGGAAUGAAGCCGGUCGGGGCCGUGGUGGUCGACCCAGCCACCGGGAGGGUCCUGGCGGUGGGGCACGACUGCAGGGACGGCAUCAACCCGCUACUCCACGCCGCCAUGGUCUGCAUUGACCUGGUGGCCUGCGGCCAGGGAGGAGGGGCCUAUCGUUACCAAGAUUAUCCUGGCUGCAGCUUUCUUCUGUCGGCCAAUGGUUUGGACCAGUCCUCUGGCGCCGAUGGGCUGCCAUACAUCUGCACUGGUUAUGACAUGUACUUAACGCGGGAGCCUUGUGUGAUGUGCGCCAUGGCGCUGGUGCACUCGCGCAUCGAGAGGGUCUUCUACGGGGCCCCCUCCCCGCAUGGAGCCCUGGCGACCAAGUACCACAUCCACAGCCGCAAAGACCUCAACCACCGCUAUGAGGUUUACCGGGGCAUUCUGGAGGAUCGGUGCUGCGACUUGGCACACCUUUCAGUUCCCAAGUGA